AGUGAAAGAAAUCAAGAUGCGGCGGAUUAAAGUGUUCGAUGGCGAGUGCCAGGGCAAAUAAUGGUAACCAUGAUCAACCUUUCGUGAUUUCGGAUCCAGCCUGGAUUGUUUGGGGCACACGCACAUAGAGAGAGCUCGGGACGGAACACGUUUCCGCACGGGGCAGGACCUGUAGCAGAGAGUCGUUCCUCUGAGUAUCUGCUCCGAGAAACCUCGCCCAGGUCCACACCGAGAUUGACCCCUGCAUGCCCCUCCCCUCUCUUCGGCAGCUCCACUGCAGCUCUCUGGCAGGAAGAACAGAACUCGGCUCUUCACUUAACACCACAGGAAUGUGAGCCCAGUGAAGCCUGGUGCUGGGGGAGGCUCCUCACCCACAGUGAAGCGCUCACUAUCUCCAUAAACUGCUGAUAAAAGUGAGAGUGGCCAGAGCCAGAGACGUUGGCCCUGUGUCCUCUAAAGCACGUCCCAUUUGGAUCUCCUGUAAUGCGGCAGACCUUGUUUUUUAAACAGUGCAUUGCAGUGGCUUGUGAGCAAUCGGACGGAGGGAGUGGCCGCCUCUCAACACUUCUUCCUGCCCCCCGAAGGGGUCAAAGUAUCCGCGAAGCCAACGACGGAAUUCAGACAGAGUCAAGUCGACGCGAUUCCACUUCUGCGGGAGGAUCGCCGAGUUUGUUUUUGGUUUUUUUUUUCCCCCGAGCCGAUGGCCCUACCGCCGAAGUGCAGCCGUUUUAUCCUGCUGGCGUCCUGCCUAACGCUGGUUCCUGUGGAGGCAGAAGGAAAUGGGCCAGCGUUACAGAGACAGAAAAGAGAAUGGAUCGUAGCUCCCAGAAAGCUGAAGGAGAACUUUGACUACACCACCUACGACAGUAUUGCUAAAAUUCGCUCAGAUAAGGAGAACUAUACAAAAAUAAUAUACGAGUUAAGUGGGCCUGGUGUUGACCAGUCACCUCGUGGUAUAUUUUCUGUCAUCCGUGACACUGGCUUGGUGAAAAUCCAUUCCAUUCUGGACCGAGAGGAGAUCCCCUCCUACAAUCUAAAAGGUGUGGCAAAAUUCCUCGACGGGACCUACGCUGAAAAAGAUAUUGACCUUAAAAUUGUUGUUGAGGAUGUGAAUGACUGCCCACCAAUCCUUAAAGCACAGCAAGUCGGAUAUGUCAAUGAAUCUAGUGCAACAGGCACUUUUGUCAUGAAAGCGAUUGCUACUGAUGCUGAUCAAGAGAACACACUCCACUCCAAGAUUUACUACCGUAUUGUGGAACAGCGUUACACAGCUGAGCUGUUCUCAAUCAACUCUGAGACUGGAGAGGUCACCGUUCGAAUGAACACUCUAGAUAGGGAGAAACAAGAUACAUAUAAGUUGACUAUUCAAGUGUCUGACAUGAAUGGACAAACGGGAGGAAACACAGGAACUGGAGACAUUGAGAUCAAAAUUCUGGACAUAAAUGACAAUAUUCCAACCCUGGAAGAAGAAACGUAUGAAGGGAGUGUGGAGGAAAACACUAUUGGUGUGGAAGUGAUGAGGAUCAAAGCCAUGGACAUGGAUCUGAUUCACACUGACAACUGGCUGGCCGUCUUCGAAAUAAUUUCAGGGAAUGAGGCAGGCUAUUUCAGUAUCACUACUGAUAAUAAGACCAACGAGGGAAUUAUCAUGAUUCACAAGCCCCUGGACUACGAGAACAUAAAGGUGCUCAUCUUGGAAGUGAUUGUUUACAACAAAGCACAGUACAAUUUUGGUAGUACGCAAAGUAUAGGGGCCAUAAUCUCAAAAACCUACCCCAUUAGAAUCAAUGUGAUCAAUCAGAAGGAAGGCCCCCGUUUCCAACCAAGUGUCAAAGUGGUGACCAUCUCUGAGGACCACACUUCCAUCUCCAUCAACAAGGUCAUCACCACUUACUUUGCUAUAGACAGUGACACACUACAGAAAGCCACCAACGUAAGAUAUGCCAAAAUCGUUGACAUCGACAACUGGUUGAUUAUUGAUGAAAGGACAGCAGAUAUCAGGCUGAAUAAACUGCCUGACAGAGAGUCCAAGUUCUUGAUCAAUGGAACAUACAAUGCCAAAAUUAUAUGUAUCACCAACGAGAGUCCCUCAAAAACUGCCACAGGGACCAUAGCCAUUCAGGUGGAGGACUUUAACGAUCACUGUCCAACACUGACCAAAACAUCUCACACCAUGUGCCAUAGGGAUAACGUGAUCUACGUCACAGCCGUAGACAGGGAUGAGUUACCCAAUACAGAACCAUUUGAGUUCACUGUGAUUCAGGGGAGCAGCAAGGAGAAAUGGACAGUGGAACAUCUUAAUGGAACAUCAGCCAUUCUGCGAGACCAAGCCAACUUGUGGCCCGGCAUCUACAAAGUGGCACUGGAGGUCAAGGACCAGCAAGGAAAGUCGUGUGCUGAUGUUCAGAUUAUGGACGUAACUGUGUGUACUUGCCAUGGAAGCACUCAAACCUGUGGGUCUCGCAUUGUAAAGACUGCACGUUUUGGAGCUGCAGGUAUCCUGCUUUUGCUCCUGGGACUGCUGCUGCUGCUGUUCGUGCCCCUGCUGCUGCUGUUCUGCCUUUGUGGAGGUGCUGCAGCUUUGGGAGAUUUCAAGGCCAUUCCAUUUGAGACGAAACCACAGAUGAUCUCAUAUCACACUGAGGGGCAGGGAGAAGACAAGGAAGUUCCUCUUCUACACGACGUAGUGGAAUUUGACCAUGGCAUAAGAGAAAAAAUUAAGGGAGGAUUGGCUGAAUUCGGAGGAGCAGCAGGUGGAGAAGCAGCCUCUGGCAAUGUCAUAAGUUCAUCCACUGUGAUAACCGGGAAUGCUAACAUUUACGGAAACAACGUUUGGUCAAAUAAUGUAAUCGCUGGUAAAGGGAUAAUAGGAGGACAAGAAGAUGUUUACUACAGAUACAGAGCGGGGGUCUAUGACGAGAUGGCUCUAUCCGAUCAGUUCCUGGGAGAGUACUAUUCAAGUAAAUCCAACAAUGCUGCACAACAAUCCCAGCAGAAGGAUGGACUGCUAGUCUAUGACUAUGAGGGUCAGGAGUCCCUGGCAGGUUCUGUUGGUUGCUGCAGCCUUCUUGAGAAUGAUGAUGAUCUUGCAUUCCUCAAUGACCUUGGGCCUAAAUUCAAAACCCUGGCUGAAAUUUGUCAGGGAUCGACCUUCGUGACCGAGUCUGUGAAUGCAGGAGUUUCUAUCUCCCCAGUCAGACCAGUGUCUCCAAUCAGGCCCUCCACCUCUACCCACAAACAUGGCUAUACUCACACAGACACAAUCAGGGACAGGGACAGGGACCGUGUCAACGUCGACACGAUCAACACGUCCAAUGUAGCAUCUGGAUCCUCUACCAUCGUCCAGGAGGAACAAAUCACUGAGAGAGCCCAGGGUUCAGCAACUGUUUCCAAGGUACAUGUCCAGGACAAGGUAGUGAUUCCCAGUCAGACACUACUCAUACAACAGCCCGCUAUGUACUAUUCUGCUACGCCCAUGUAUGUAGUCGAGCCCCAACCCCAAAUGGUGCUUAUGGCAGGGGGUACCCAGCAGCAGUCAGUGGGUCAAGUAGGCCACAUUGGGCUAAGUCAGGGGAUGGUGCAGGUUGGUGGUCUCCAGGGUUCUCAGGGUGUGGUCCUUGUAGAUAGGCAGGUAGGAAUGGGUGGAGUGACAGGGCAGGUAGCACAAGGCCUUUCACAAGGAACCGUCUCAAGGUCCAGAAAAGUGUUAGUGGUCGAGAAUGGGUCCUUGGGUGGAGAGCAAGGUGUACACUUAGAACAGGGGUUUGUUCAGACAGGACAGGAGUCCACAGAGCAGGGCUUGGAGGUCAGAGGUCAAGGUGCGCAGGUGAAAGCUCAGAGUUUUUUACUGGGUUCACACAGUUCUAUAGGGUCAAAUGAAGACUUUCCCCCGUCAGCCAAAUUCCAAGGAAGCCAGAGAGUGGUUGUGCAACAUAAGAAGGUUUCAGUCAACGAGAGGAAUAUUGAAUCUAGUACAAAAGUGCAAAGGAAACCUUUUGAUUAGCAUUUGAUUGAAGUAUAUUGAAAUAUAUUUCAGAAUGCUAUACUAGAAAGUUCUAUACUAGAAUAUACUACAGUAUAUAAAGAUAUUUCCAUUAUUAUACAUAGAUCAAGGGUUAAAUUGGGCAAAACUGUUAAAUGGAUAGUUAAGUAUGCUUUAACUAAAGUGCACUACUAUAUGUUCUUCUCUAGUGAUAACACUUCUGCUCUUACUAGUUAAAACAUGGUAUUGAGUACAUGACUAUCCAUAAAAGGCAUUGGAUUUUCAUACUAAUACUAGUUAGGGAAAUUACUCUGAAAUUUUUAAAUACCAAAAAGUGCACUAAUUUCUCAUCUGCUACCUGUUAAAAUGGGGCUCCGUUAAAAUUUGUUGAAAAUGUAUACUUUACAGUAUUAGUGUAAAAACUGAUUUUUAAGAGACAUUACAUGACCUCCGUUAUUACGCCCCAGCCCCGGGGAAAUUCUUGGCAAAACAUCUCUGGUUCCAGAAUGACCAGUCACUGUAAGCACUAAAUGACAGCCCUAAAAGAGCUUUAGUUAUUUCAGGUAGACUAGCAUGGCUGCAGGGUGGGAACAGCCAAAGUAAACAAAACAGACCUAUUGUUUAUACUUUCCUAUCAAACAAAAACUACAAACUUAAGGCCAAAUCUCCUAACCAAGGAGAAACCGUAAGAAGCAGAGAACAAACAAAAAGGCACCCACCUGAAUCUCUCAGGGGCAAAAUAAGUGUACACUGAUCAACAUCUAAUGUCCCCUUCAUAAUCCAGCUCCCAAUCUGCCAGACUAGAGUAGGAAGGGAACCACUGGACGUGUUGUAGUUGGUCUUAUAUCCCUGAAGGCUGCAUUUGGGAGCCAAUCUCCAGCCAGAACUCUGACGCACAAUCAAACUUGCCAACCAAUCAUAGCACCCAGACUGCAGCUCAGCAACAUCCACUACCCAAUAAGAACAAAAGAAGAGAGAAACCCAAAAAAUAUAUAUUGCACUAGUAAAUGGAAAAAAAAAAAAAAACAUAACAGCUUGUAACAUCAGACAGGUAGUGGGAACAUUUAGUCUUUAAACCAGUGAUGGAACUUAUGUGUUCCUAUAGUUUCUCAACCUUACUAUACUAAUGGCUGUGGGAUUGGAAAGUGGAAAAUGAGAUAUUUGAAAGCCAAAACUCAUGGCAUUGGUACGGAUCAAUAAUCUUAUCAAACUCCUCCAGUUAUAGUAUGAUUAUUGCACUGUGGGGCAGUUAAAUUCUUACUUACUGCUAAUUUUGAUAAGAACGGCACAGAACCAGUUUCAGAACCAGUGCGCUCUGAAAAUGAGGUUUUCAUAGAAUUCCUGUUGAAAUGACAACAAAAUGAUAAUUUUGAAAGUCAUUAAGGCAGAGAUAAAACAAAGUUUCUGUACGUAGUAUCAUGUUGCAUUCAUCCCCUUAGGUUUUGAACAACAGAUUAAGUACUCUGAGUGCUGUAUAUUUUUGUGUGGUGUAUUUCUAAAAAGAUACUUGUUUUGCCUUAGUAAAAUUUUAGCUUUAGCCAUGCCGUAAACUUUUCUGCUGACCUUUUGAAUUGUUGAACGUAGUUAUGAUGUAACUAAUAAAGAACUGUUUUAUUGGUGGCUCCCUUGGAAACUGCAUGAAACAUAGAUAAAUGCUGUUUUUGCUCUACAACAGAUAAAAGCACCACCCGGUGAAGAACCAAAGACAAAAUGUCUGAAUGAUUUAGUGCAUCAAGAGGGGAUGAGAUUCUUUUUAUAAUGUAACAAUAUAGACUAUAAACAAAAGGAGACAAUGGCACACAAAUUAUUUGUUGUAUUGUGGCACCCCUCAUUAUUUCAACAGAAUAUGUGUGGGUUUUCCAUGUUGCUCUUGUACAAUAAGACAAGUAAGCCCAAAGUAUGAGCUUGCCAAGCACUGAAAACAUUAGUUGGAAAAACACUGAUUUUAUUCUUCUUGCUGUGGAUAUAUGUGGGUUUUGUCUGUAGUUUCUAAUGUACUGUAUCAAUAUAGCAUAUAUUGCUUUAGAACAGUCCAGUACUAAAGCAGCAUUAAAGUGAGGAUGUUUUCAUUUUUUUUUAAGUUUUGCACUUUCUAUCAUAAUAAAAUCAUAGAAAAUA